CUCAAACAGAGGGUGAUUUGCUUCCUUGGGCUAGAUCGGUAGGUCGGCUGCCAUCCACAAGACAAGCAAUUCAUUCACACACAUCAUUCACAGCGGCUGUGUGUGUUUGGCGUCAUUCCUUGUCUGUCUUCAGAUCUCAGUCACUGCGUCAUGUCAGUCAUCAGCAGCAGGAGCAGCGACCUGGACUCGCCCGUCGUCAACGGCGAGGCGGUCCGCUGCAUCUUCCGCGACCGGCGAGUUCGGCUGCUCAAGGUCAAGGACGUCGGCAGCCUCAGAAUGGCGGCCCGCCACCACAGCCUCGUCGACUUCCCUCCCACCGCACUCCGCACCCGACUCGCCCACUCGCUGCAUCUCAUUCGGCUCGCUGACGGCUCACGGCUCGACACAGUGCUGGCCUUCGACGCCCAGACGGUGUCUGAGCCAUGGGUGCUGCUGGCGGCCGUGUGGCUGGUGGAGGAGCAGACGUGGGACGAGAUUGCCGACAUACUGCGGGUGGCGGCGCAGUGCGGCCGGUGCACCCUGCCAGUGCGGCUGACUGCUGACGACAUCACCAGACACGCCAACAAGACGGUGAGACGCACACACAGGGGCGGGAGGGAAAGAGAGGGCCUCAUUCAUUCUUCUCUCUCUGUGUGUGUGGUCGUGUAGGCGUAUGCGUUGUUUCCGCGUGUGCUGGCUCAGCUCAAGAUGGUCGGCCCCCACAUCGACUUCGGCGACGGCGUAAGUUUCCAGGUGUUCCAGCACGGCACCACACUGCGGGCCGUCAAGAACGAAGACGGCUACGAGAUCGACAUCGACCCGCCUCUCCCUCCCAACCACCUCUACCAGCAGCACCGACAGCAACACGAUCCGCCAGUCCGCAGCAGAAUCGACUAUGACCCACCCGUAGGCUGGCGGUCGCUGGGCUCUCUCGACUUCGCAUCUGUGUCGUCGUGGGUCAAAAGCGUCGUCAUCGACCACUUCACGGAGACUCGCCAGAUCAACACCACAACCACCCAUUCUAUCGACAGGUGAGGCGGGGCAUCACUCUGUAUGGGCAUUGUCACGACACAUACGAGUGUAUGUUGUGUGUGUGUGUGUAUGUGUGUGUGUCAGGCAUGUCGACAACAGCCGGCUGCACACCAUCGUGACACAGUCCCCCCACACACCAGUGGAGGGAUGCACCACCACCAGAUCAUUCCACUCCACUUGGCGUUGUCUCCUGCUGACCAACGCCGGCCACUCGUUCGUCGCAUGCAUCGCCGUCACGCAUUUGCUGCACAACAACGGUCAGCCCAGCACGGCACAGCGAGGGGGAGGAAAUGCGGUGCCACUCUCAUGUGCUGUCCACUGCUAUCCUCCCCUGUCAUUCAUUUGCAGUGCGUGUGUAG